CUCGUGUUUCCUGAAGUGCAGCAACGGAACAAAAUGGCAGAAACAGCUCCAGCUCCAGCUCCGGCCGUCGCGCCGGCCAAAGCGGCCAAGAAGGUGGUGGCCAAGCCGAAGAAGGCCGGUCCCAGCGUGGCUGAGCUCAUCGUUAAAGCCGUGGCCGCAUCCAAGGAGCGGAGCGGCGUGUCUGCUGCCGCCGUCAAGAAGGCUCUGACCGCGGAAGGAUACGACGUGGACAAGAACAAGUUCCGCGUGAAGACCGCCAUCAAGAACCUGGUUACCAAGGGGACUCUGGUCCAGACCAAGGGGACCGGGGCCUCCGGCUCCUUCAAGAUCAGCAAGCUGGCUGCCGACAAACCGGCAAAGAAAGUCGCCCCCGCAGCCAAGAAACCCGCAGCGGCCAAGAAGCCCAAAGCGGCGGCAGCAAAGAAACCUGUUGCCGCAAAGAAGUCACCGAAGAAGGCCAAGAGACCCGUAGUGGCCAAGAAACCGUCAGCGGCCAAGAGCCCAAAGAAGGCAGCAAAGAGCCCCAAAAAGCCCACCAAGAGCCCCAAGAAGGUGGCGAGGAAGGCCCCCGCAGCCAGGAAGACCCCCGUCAAGAAGGCUGCCAAAGCCCGGAAGGCAGCACCCAAGAAGAAGUGAGCUGCUCUCCGGCUGAACAACCAACUCCUUUUUAAAGGCUCUUUUAAGAGCCACCCACACAAUCUAAGAGCGUUUCCCUCUUUUCAUUAACAGCAGACACAAUAUUCAUAUUCACAUUUUAAUUAAUUAACUUAAAAUACAACCUAGGAGCUAAAUAUGAUCCUAAUGCAGUAAUUCACUCGCUCCAACUGAUAUAUGUAAAACAAUGGACAUUCAUACACUCCAUGUGUCUGAAUGUGUCAGCCUCCAUGUCUAUGAAUGUUUCAGCCUCCAUGUCUAUCAACGUUUCAGCCUCCAUGUCUAUCAA